AUUUUGAGGUUAAAUUGUGAAUUUCAACAACAAUAACGUGAAACACGUGGGUGAUAAAUAAAAAUAUAUUAUUAGGAGUUUAAUAAACUAAACUCGUUUUCAAUUAGACUAUAAAUUUCCAAGAAUUUGGAAGCUGUACAUUAAAGGAUCAUUGUUGAAAAGAUCAAUUAAAGUUCACAAUGAAGUCAAAUUCACGAAAACACAAAGAUGAAUCAAGUAAUGAUUCAAGUGGAGAAAGUGAUUUGGAUGCUGAAGAGCAUAUGAAAUCAUUGCAAAAAUUAAAAGACACUGAUCCUGAAUUUUAUACAUUUUUGAAACAAAAUGAUACGAAACUUCUUGAUUUUAAUGUAUCGGAUGAUGAUGGUGAUAAUGAGAAAUGUUCUGAUGAUGAAGAUGAUUCAAGACACGUUCCACAGUCAAACUUGGAAAUUGCCAGUGAUGAAAGUGAUUAUGAACAUGAAGAAGAUGAAAAUACUUCUGGUGGUCGAAUUAAAGUUACAUUGAAGAUGAUAGCAGCCUGGCAGGAAGCACUACAAAGUGACAAGUCGGCGAAAACAAUAAAAGUAGUAGUUGAAGUCUUUCACGCAGCCACAGAAACACUAGCCGGGAAAGAGGAAGGUGAAAAUAAUGAGGAACCCUCGAGAUACAAAGUUGAUGGGAGUGCAGUAUUCAAUGCAGUGGUGCAAAUGUGUAUAAUGCACUUGCCUGAAAGUUUGAAAUCGUUUUUGGGCCUUGGAACACAAACGCGCUUUGACGCCCAUAAAGCGAAAAAAUUUGUCAAAGUUAAAGGAACAGUCAAAUCUUAUCUUACAGACUUGUUAAAGCUUUUACGAUGUGUAUCGUCAUCAAAUAUAAUCACAGUGCUUUUAAAACAUCUUCAUCAAAUGUUACCUUACACACACUGUUACUCAUCUCUUCGCAAGCCUCUUUUAAAAAUUCUGCUAAAAUUCUGGUCAUCCGGAGAAGAAACUGUUCGAGUUGUUGCUUUUCUCUGCAUUAUACAAAUGGCAACUAGUCAAAAGGAAUCGAUUCUCGAAAUUCUCGUUAAGACAAUGUACAUUAAAUAUGUUCAAAAUUCGAAUUUCGUUUCUCCGUCACUUUUACCUGGUAUUAAUUUCAUGAGACAUUCUUUGGCGGAAAUUUAUCUUCUUGAUUGUAAUUUCGCUUACAAUCACGCUUUUUUGUUUGUUCGUCAAUUGGCCAUUAACUUGCGAAAUGCUGUAACUUUAAAGAAAAAGGAAAACUUUCAAGCUGUUUAUAAUUGGCAAUUUAUUAAUUCUUUGAAAUUCUGGGCAGAACUUAUCCCUCUUUCGAAACCUCAAUCUAUGAUGAGACAACUUCUCUAUCCUCUUGUACAAAUUAUUAUUGGUACAAUAAAAAUGAUUCCGACUUCUCAAUAUUAUCCUCUGCGGUUUCAUUGUUUAAGAAUGCUUAUAAGUAUUGCCAAAGAAUCCGGAACUUUUAUACCUGUUUUGCCAUUUUUGACCGAGAUAUUGAAUAAUUAUACUUUCAAUAAAAAACACAAAGUCGCUGCAAUGAAGCCAAUGUCUUUAAUUUGUUUGCUGAGAGUUUCAAAAAGUCAACAGCAGGAAAAUACAUUCAAAGACAGUAUUUUGGAAACUAUCUACGAACUAAUUUUAGAAAAUGCCGCCAAUGAGAGUCAUAAAGUUUAUUUUCCCGAUUCUUACAUUCCCUGCGUUAUCGAGCUAAAAGCUUUUCUAAAGAAAAGCAAUGUCGCGAAUUAUUCGAGAAAAAUAAAGCAGUUACUGGAUAAAGUUGAAGAGAAUCGAAAAUUCAUUGAGAAGGAACGUGCUAAAUUGACAUUUGACUUGAAGAAUAUCAAAGAAAUUCAAAAUUGGGAGACGAGAUUAAAGAAUGAAGGCACGCCAUUGGCUAAAUUCUACACCUCGUGGUUUAAGAUUUACGAAACACAAAAAUUGAAACUCCUUACGCAGAAUGACGAAAUUGCUGACAAUAAAUUGCCGAGUAUCAGGAAAGGUAAAGGCAACAAGAGACAUGCAGAUAGCGAUGAGAAUAGCGAUCUUGAUAUGCCUGUUGAGGAAUUUGAAAGGAGGGAACAAAAGAAGAAGCAAAAGAAGAAAGCAAUGAAAACGAAGAAGACUAAAUACGUGGACGAAGAGCUUCCAAAGGAUAAUACGGAUAUUGUGAGAGAUUUGAAAAUCGACGAUUGGGAUUGAGAAGAAGUAGAUAAUUUUUAAGCAAAGAAAUAAAUAAAAGUCUUUUUGUAAAAAGUUCAAA